CGGCCCGGUAUAAAGCGGCGGUCGCCGCCCGCCCGCUCCGGCCCGAUGGAGACGCGGCGGCGGCCCGGCGGCGGCGGCAGCGCGGUCCGGAGCUUGAGCGGCGGCCGCGAGUGCCCCGCGGGGAGCCAUGAGCGCGGGCAGCGUCUUCUCCGUGCCGGGCUGGCCUGAGGCGCUGCCGGCGCCCCGGCCCGGAGCGAGGAUGAGCGGCAGAGCCCCGAGCGAGAGCGGCGGCGGCAGCCCCGGCGCGGAGCCGCCCGCGGGGCCGGGCAGCCCCGGGAGGGAGCCCCGCGACAGCGCGGAGAUGCGGCUGAAGGUGGAUUUCUUCCGGAAGCUGGGCUACUCCCCCGAGGAGAUCCACGUCGUGCUGCAGAAGCUGGGCCUGAACGCCGACACCAACGCGGUGCUGGGGGAGCUGGUGAAGCACGGCCCGGCGGAGCGGGAGGGCGCGGAGGCCGCGCCGGAGGCCGCGGAGGCCCCGCUGGUGCCGCGGGGCGGGGCGGGCAACAAGGCCCCGGCAGCCGCCCCGGGCCCGGGGGAGGCGGAGGGCGAGAACCUGAAGCCCAUCGUUAUCGAUGGCAGCAACGUGGCCAUGAGCCAUGGAAAUAAAGAAGUGUUCUCCUGCCGAGGUAUCCUUCUGGCUGUCCAGUGGUUUUGGGACAGGGGACACAAGGAUAUUACAGUCUUUGUGCCAUCCUGGAGAAAGGAGCAGCCACGACCAGAUGUACUUAUAACAGACCAGUACAUUCUCCGUGACCUUGAAAAGAAGAAAAUUCUGGUCUUCACUCCUUCCAGACGGGUUGGAGGGAAGCGUGUUGUCUGUUAUGAUGAUCGAUUCAUUGUGAAACUGGCACAUGAGUCUGAUGGCAUCGUGGUGUCCAACGAUACUUACCGGGACCUGCAGAACGAGCGUCCCGAGUGGAAGAAGUUCAUUGAGGAGCGCCUGCUGAUGUACUCCUUUGUGAACGACAAGUUUAUGCCUCCAGAUGAUCCCUUAGGGCGACAUGGCCCCAGCCUGGAUAACUUUCUCAGAAAGAAACCUUUGGUGCCAGAACACAAGAAACAACAGUGCCCUUAUGGGAAGAAAUGCACUUACGGAAUUAAGUGUAAAUUCUACCACCCUGAAAGGAUCAAUCAGCCCCAGCGCUCAUUAGCCGAUGAACUCCGAGCCAAUGCAAAGUCGCCUCCUACCAGUACCAGUGCCUUGGACGACAAAAAGGGCAAAAGAGGUUCCCCGGCAGAGCUCUUGUGCUCGGUGCCCACAGAGAGUGAUAAAAACUCCCUGCAGAAGGUCUCUGCAGAGAGGAAAAGCUUGCCCCACAAAGCAAAGCCCAACGAUGCUCCAGUGCAGGUCAAAGGCUGCGUGUCAGGCAGUGUACCUCCCAGCAGUGGGAGCCACAGGUCCUCUGACAGGUACCAGCAGCCUCACAUGGACUCUCUGUCUUACCUCUCUCAGGAGCAUCUUGACUCAGGCAUUGGGUCUCUGGAGAACCAGCUGUCUGACAUGUGGCCUUACAGAUCUGCCAGUCACUGUGACCACUCCCACGCGGACCCGGUGGCAGUCUGCGCCUGCUGCCGGCAGAGACCCAUCUACCCACACUCUCCCAGCUUAGAGCAAAAUGGUCUGGUCUCCUACAAGUCUGGUUCCCACAAAUCCUCUUCCUCUGGUGCUAGCUUCUUGCAGUACAGCCCUGAGCUCUCUCACUCGGGAUCCCCUCACUCUUUCCCAGGCUAUGCAGUGCCCGUGGCCGGUGCCGGGCAGUACAGCCUGCCGGCCGAGUACGGCGCGGCGCCGCGCUCCCGCGACUUCUGGUCUGAGCCCUACGCGCUGCCUCAGGUGAGACCCCCGGCUGUGCGGGACCCCCGCCCCGUGCCCAGGGCCCCGGGGGCAGCCUAUGGGGACUCCUGCCAGUGGACUGUGUCUGACCAGUUUGCGGAGGAGCGGGCCAAUGUGCACGUCAAGCUGUGUGGCAUAUUCCAUCCCCACCUGGUUGAUGCUGUGAUGAGCCGCUUCCCUCGGCUCCUGGAUCCCCAGAGGUUGGCUGCCGAGAUCCUGACCUACAAGUCUCAGAACCCGGGUAUCUGAGGCUGAUGCUGAGGGCAGCCAGGCAUGUGAAGCUUGAGGGGAAGUGUUUGCACUCUAGCUGCCAUAGAUGCCUUCUGAGGGCUCCUCUUUAUUUCUUGAAAGUACCAGGCUCCAGUUGGAGGCCAGAUACUAGAUGUUUUGUGCUCACAGCAAAUUGUGGUCUGGACAUAACUGUGCCCUUCCUAGGCAGCUGUAGGGUCCCAUGUUCCCAGAGGCUCUGGGUGCUGAACAGAAGAGGCUGCAGCUUCUGAGCAGUUUUCCUUCAGGGCUGUCUGAGUCAGGUACACCUGCAAUUCCUGCAGUUGUUCAGAACUGAAUGUGACCUUACUCCUCCCAUUUGCUUCGAUUUUGAGAUGGCUUAAUGUAAGAUCAGGCAUCAGGAGAGGACUCUGGGCUUUGGAAAGAUAAGGGGAUACUACCUUUGCAUUUGUGAAGGUGGGAAUGCGUUGUCAAGGCUGUUUCUUAGCUCUUAACAAAGCCUCUUUGCUAAAUCCUACCAUGCAGAUAUGUGAAAAAUGUUGGAUUAUAAAUCUAAUAUGAAGCUAGGUUUAGCUGACUUUGGUUUAUUGUGCACUUCUUCAGUGAUGUUUUUCAUGCCUCUGCCACUUAAGCUUACCUUCCUGACACGAGGAGUGUACCAGAAGUGCUUAGAAAACUGAUCAGCUCCCAGAAAUAAGAGGAGCUAGAAGUGCAGUCCUUCCUCAGGAUGAGAGCCCUGACAGUGCUCCAGAACUAACCUUGAGCUGUGUGUUAGGUGUUAGCUGAAAAAUGCUGUUGUCAGAACUUGUGGGUGGCCACGCUGCUGAUGCUGCUCCAAAACAUUGACCUGGGCUGGCAGCCUGUCCUGCUAUCUCUGUACAACACUGACAAGGAGAAUUUAUGAUCUUGUGCCUUUUGUCUUCAGAGAGCAAUAGUUUUGAGCGUUCAGUAGAACAGCUGUAAUCAUGUCUGGGCUGCUGCCAGUACUGUUCCUGAAGAUUCCUUAAUAUUACUUUCUUUAAAGCUGUUGCUUCAUCUUUUUUACUAAUAUUUUCCUGUUCCCUUCAGCUUUGUCAAACUAUAGCAGCACCCAAAAAUGUAGAAUAAGACUUAUUUGGUAAGACUGUUCCCUUUUCAUUCCCUCUUACUCUGCAAUAUGUUUUUUACUGUAGAUACUGUAACAGAUUUUAAAUAUGCAAAACCAAUUGCUGUAGUAAUUGGUUCUGGUCCUGGAAUUUCAUUGUGCUUAGAAUGCAAAGAUGUUUCUUGCACUUGCAGGCCAGAAGCAGUUGAUUUGUUGAUACACAUUGUAUCUGUGUGUUUUGUUAUGUUUUUUUAAAUAUGUCCAUCUUGUGGUUAAACCAAGGUCGUUGAGUGGCAAAUUAUGAAGGGGAGAGUGGGAUAGAGCUGUUCCUGAGAACCCUCCUCAGGAAUGGUUUUGUCCAUUCCUGUUCUUCCCUCUGACUGUCCCAGGCAUGACCUACCCCGACUGGCACCAUGUGCCAUGAAAACCACAGGGAUGCAGAAACCUGUAUACCUGGUUAAUUAUGAUACAUUACUAAUUAGUAAUGUUUCAUGUUAGUAAGCAAAAUGCUUCUUAAUUUUAAGUAACCUGAUACUUUGCAUAUUUGUAAAUUACAGGAAAAAUGUUUUUUAAUGUUAUUGUCCAGCAACUUGCUGCUUGCUGCUGUUUUUAAUUAGUACUAUUCUCAACUCAGCCUUUGUGCUACUUGGUGUGUUUUGUUCUUCUGGUGGAAUGCUGAUGUGUGCUGCUUCUCCUGCAAUCAGAAGAUUAACAUCUGACAUUUGAGCUGACAUUUUGCUGAACUUCCUGUAUCAUGAUGCAGUGCAGUGUAGGUGCUGGAUGGAGGCAGCUGUGCCGAAGCCAUGGCGAAGAACUUGUGUUAUACCAAUAAAAACUGCUGAGUUGAAUUUA